GCUCAGUGACAGACGGAGCAGAGCACACUUUAACGUCUAACCUACCAGCACAUCACAACACUGGCCACAGGCUUUUAACAACGAUCAUAUUAAGCAAUACAGUUCUCUUUUGGGAUACUUAUUGACUCAAGACUUACAGUGGACCAUCUGUUGAUCAGCUAAACAUCGAUUGCAACAGGUACUUGUGCUCUGUGCAGGGCAUGUUUUGGCCAGUUGCCUGUCUGCACUGAAACAAGGGUUCAAAAGUCCUCAGCUGACUCACCGCUGGCAGUCUGGACAGACAGUGUGGCUAACUGCCUCUCUCGCAAAUACAGUCUACAACACUGUGUAGUCUUUGACGGCAUCAGUUUUCAGUAUCGAUGUCUGAGGAGUUCAACAUGACUUCCAUCAGCAGUUCCCUGUUGAUGAUACAACAUCGCUGAGCUCAUCCGCUUUCACCAUGUCCGAGUAUCCCGAGGGAGACAGCCCUCUGCUUCAACUGCAGGAAGUGGACUCCAGCAGGGUGGGAGGUCACGUUCUCUCUCCUAUCUUUAACUCCUCUCCAUCCCUGCCCGUGGAGAGCCAUCCCAUCUGCAUUCCUUCACCCUACACAGAUCUCGGCCAUGACUUCACCACUCUGCCCUUCUACAGUCCCGCUCUGCUGGGUUACGGCACGUCGUCUCUAUCCGACUGCUCGUCGGUACGGCAGUCGCUAAGCCCCACCCUCUUUUGGCCACCUCAUAGCCACGUUUCCUCACUUGCAUUGCAUCAGCAACAGACUCGAUUACAACAAAGCCAUCCAAAUGGUGGGACGUGGGCUGAGCUUACACCACAUGAUCACGGUGAAGAGGAAAACAGCAAACCGUUGGUGAAGAGGGUAGCAGAUGCAGAGGAGACUUCUGCCUCUAUGAGAGGCAAAGCUGACAUGCACUACUGUGCUGUCUGUAGCGAUUACGCUUCUGGGUAUCAUUAUGGCGUGUGGUCGUGUGAAGGAUGUAAAGCCUUCUUCAAGAGAAGUAUACAAGGACACAAUGACUACAUCUGCCCCGCCACCAACCAGUGCACCAUCGACAAGAACCGCCGCAAAAGCUGCCAGGCCUGCCGCCUCCGAAAAUGUUAUGAAGUUGGAAUGAUGAAAUGUGGGUUACGGCGAGAUCGUGGAAGCUACCAACAAAGAGGAGCACAGCAGAAACGACUGGCGCGAUUCUCUGGCAGAAUGAGAACAAGUGGCCCGAGAUCUCAAGAAAUCAAAACUGUCCCAUGUCCUCUCAGUGAAAAUAGGGUGGUUACCAUGGCAUUGAGCCCUGAGGAACUAAUUGCUCGAAUCAUGGAUGCAGAGCCACCUGAGAUCUAUCUCAUGAAGGACGUGAAGAAGCCGUUCACUGAGGCCAGCGUCAUGAUGUCACUGACCAACCUGGCUGACAAAGAGCUUGUUCACAUGAUCAGCUGGGCCAAGAAGGUUCCAGGUUUUGUGGAGCUCAGUCUGUUUGACCAGGUCCAUUUGUUGGAGUGCUGCUGGUUAGAGGUGCUAAUGCUGGGACUGAUGUGGCGGUCUGUUAAUCACCCUGGAAAGCUCAUUUUCUCUCCAGACCUCAGUCUCAGCAGGGAUGAAAGCAGCUGUGUGCAGGGGUUUCUGGAGAUUUUUGAUAUGCUGCUGGCAGCCACGUCCAGGUUCAGAGAACUCAAGUUGCAGAGAGAGGAGUAUGUGUGUCUCAAAGCCAUGAUCCUGCUCAACUCCAACAUGUGCCUGAGUUCGUCGGAGGGAGCAGAGGAGCUGCAGAGCCGCUCGAAGCUGCUGUGUCUGCUGGACUCGGUGACGGAUGCCCUGGUUUGGGCCAUCUCGAAGACGGGUCUGAGCUUCCAGCAGCGCUCCACCAGAUUAGCCCAUCUGCUCAUGCUGCUCUCCCACAUAAGGCACGUCAGUAACAAAGGCAUGGACCACCUCCACUGCAUGAAGAUGAAGAAGAUGGUUCCUCUGUACGACCUGCUUCUGGAGAUGCUGGACGCUCAUAUCAUGCACAGCUCACGUCUGUCUCACUCCAGCCCUCGAGCGGCUACUUCUCCCAAAGAAAGCAAAGGCAUCCAGGAGGCCUUCGCCUGCUCUUCUCAGCACGGAGAGACCUUAGGACCCUAAACCAUCUCUGCACUGAAGAAUGAUCUAUAGUUUCGGGAGAAUGGACAACAAAAACAGCCACACAAAAAGAGUGGAAUAGGAUUUCUCGAGAUGAAAAACAUUGCUGUGAAAUCCUUGUUGUUUUCACAGAACACGUUCUAAACUGUUUUUUUUAUUUUAUGUACCCUGAAACACAAAACCUUAACAUUUGCUGGUGGUUUGAAAACCCAUUAAUACUUGUUUGGUUUUUGGAUUCAAAAGCAUUUUUGAAAUGUAACAUGCAGUGAGAGAUCUGACAGUGUCGCCUCAUUCAUCCAUUUACAUAAAAUCUGCACCACAUUGAAAUGUACAGUUUCUACUUUUCCAUUUUCUCUUCUAGUACAUUUGCAGCAAAGAAAACAUCAGCAUCACACUGAUGCCCUCAUCAGCUGUAGCAACUGCUUUAGAGUGACUACUGACGACACUGUCAGAACAAGCUGAUUAAAUUCCAGCAGUUUGUAUGCAAUGGGAGCAAAGACCAAAUUUUGGACCAAAGGCUCAGAAGAACUGACUCAAGCCUGAUUCUCUGUCAAAACAAGGACUUGUGAAUGUCACAUGCAUAAUUCAGGACAGCUAGAUGUUUUGCUUGCAUCUAUUACAUUCGACAAAACGUUACGGCUCAAAAUGUGUUUAAAAUACAAAAUCAAACUGCCUUCUUUCAUCCUGCUCUCUACCUAGUAAAACCCCUUUAACACCGUAAAGGCCUUGUACAAAACAUUUAUACAUUUUCUAGAAAACAGCGCAAUCUGUUGCUACUAUUUCCACUGUGAAAACCUUUCUGUUUGUAAGAUGCACCAAAACUACCAAAAAAGUACUUGUGAAAUUGCACUUUAAAAGUUCUCUGAGAUAUCUAAAGAGCUGUUUUGAGAAUCAAGAAAAAUUGAAAUAUUGCAGUGCCUACAGUGAUUAUAGCCUCUACGGUUUGGUUUAAGAUGACCGUUAUAAGAAAUUUGGUAUAAAACCAAACCUACAGAUUAGAAGCAAAAUACAGAUGUUACAUUACUUAAUUUUAAUAAACGCACAAAGUAUUUAUAAAUGUUAUUGUAUCUGCCGGCAGCCAUUUGAAUUUCAGUUGAUUUGAUAUCAAGCGCUAAUAUCCACCUUAUUUUUCAAAGCGAGACUUUUGAAUGUGCGAGACUUCCAGGUUUGUAAGCCGCUAUAAGGAAAUAAGGAGAAUAGUAGUUGUACGAAAUUGAAGUUGUAAUAUUUUAAGGAAUAAAGUCGAAAUAUUAUGAGAAUAAAGUCAAAAUAUUAUGAGAAUAAAGUCAAAAUAUUAUGAGAAUAGUCAAAACAUUUUGAGAAAGUCGGAAUUACCAGAAUAAAGUCAAAAUACUACAAGAAUAAAGUCGAAAUAUUUUGAGAAAAUCUAAAUUAAGAGAAUAAAGUCGAAAUAUUACGAGAAUAAAGUCUAAAUAUUUUGAGAAAGUCGAAAUUGUGAGAAUAAAGUCGAAAUUUUAGGAGAAUAAAGUGAAAUUACGAGAAUAAAGUUGAAAUUUUACGAGUAUAAAGUGAAAUUACGAGAAUAAAGUUGAAAUACUACAAGAAUAAAGUCGAAAUA